AUGUUCGUGACAGUCGUCGAUGGCGCCUAUGGAUUGGAUGUUCGGCCUCGUGCCGCCCACUAUGUACCACCUGCAGUGCGUGAGCUGCGUCGGGCCGGGGUUAUCGAGGACGUGCUCGCCGAUGGCUUCGUUCCGAAAAAGAUGUUUUGGGGCAAACUGGAUGGCGCCUAUCCAGCUGGCCUGGACAACAGCAUCCUUGGAGACGACCACCCAGACCCAGAGGUCAAUUGGGGGCACUGCGCGGCUGGAGAGCUUGGCCAAAGUAAGGCCAGAGCUUGGGUUCAAGUGUCGACUUCUGCUGGAGAGAUCCGUAUGGAAGCAGACUACACUAUGGGUUGCGAUGGCGCCAACUUUCAGAUCCGACGGUCUCUGCAGGGCGACAUGACCUUUCCAGGGUUCACAUGGGACAAACAGAUUGUGGCCACCAACGUUUAUUACGACUUUGACCGGUAUGGCUACGAAGAUGCGAACUUCAUCAUCCAUCCAGAGCAUUGGCACAUGGCCUCCCGCAUUACCAAGGACGGCAUGUGGGGCGUCUCAUAUAGCGAGCAGGGUGGCCUUUCCCACGAAGAGCUCGCUGCUCGCCAGCCGAUGAAGUUUGAGACAAUGCUGCCAGGAAACCCCAAGCCCCAGGAUUAUGUGCUCGCCAACUUCAGCCUAUAUCGCGUACACCAGCGCCUGACUGAGAACAUGCGGGUCGGUCGCUUUCUCCUAGUCGCAGACGCGGCUCAUCUUUGCAAUCCGUUGGAACCAUUCCAACGUAUCCGUGUUUUUGGUCAUUCCAAUUCCCAGUGA